GUCCCUCUGUUAACCUUUCCCUUCUCUUGGUCUCGGACUCUCUCCUCUCUUGCUCUUGCUUGCCCGGCGGCGACGAUUGGGCGAGCAGCGUCGACAUUUGUCACGUCUUCGCCCCACCCUUUGCCGGCGACGAGCAUCCACCAGGCCUCAGGAUCAACAAGUAUUUGCAAACCAAGACCAGUGCUUCUUUUUCUUAGCAAGCUUGCGAGUUUGGGCAUGUAGUUCUGUUAGUAAGAUGAUUAAUCUUUUCAAAAUAAAGGGUCAAAAGAAAGAAGAGGCGGCAAGUGCUGCUGGAAAGGCCCCUGUUAAGAAGCAGUCUGCUGGGGAGCUCCGCCUCCAUAAAGAUAUUAGUGAGCUCAACUUACCGAAGACUACAUCAAUUUCUUUUCCUAAUGGCAAGGAUGAUCUAAUGAAUUUUGAGAUCAUCAUCCGACCUGAUGAAGGAUAUUAUAUGGGAGGCACUUUCAUUUUCACCUUUCAAGUGUCCCCAUCUUAUCCUCAUGAACCUCCAAAGGUCAAGUGCAAGACCAAGGUGUACCAUCCAAAUAUUGAUUUGGAAGGCAAUGUAUGUCUGAACAUUCUGCGUGAAGAUUGGAAGCCUGUUCUUAACAUCAACACUGUUAUUUAUGGCCUGAAUCUUCUUUUCACGCAACCAAACGACGAGGAUCCAUUGAACCACGAAGCUGCAGUUGUCCUCCGUGACAACCCAAAGAUGUUUGAGGCAAAUGUUAAAAGGGCGAUGGCUGGAGGCUACGUAGGCCAAAACUAUUUCCCAAGAUGUGCUUGACUUGGCGCUGGGUGCGAAACGAUUUCUAGUGCCGCCCUGCGCGACUGGGCCCCUGUAUCCCAACCAGCACGCCCGAGUUUGCUGGAUUUGUGUGGUUUUCAGUGCGCGGAAACUGUUUCUGGGAGCAAAAUUCAAAUCGCCCGUGGUGUGAUGUGCAUGUUUGCCCGUCCUUUGUGAUGUGUUUAAAACCCGUAAAUUAAGUUUGAUGAUGGGGUGGUGGUACAGAUGACAAGGAUAUGUAUGCCAACUGUGUAACUUGAUAAAUCCUAAAUGGGAAUGGGAAGUGAAUUCAUAAAGAA